UUAUAAAGUCAAACCUGCUAUUAUAAAGUCAAACAGGAAUCUGAUGUAAACAUCUGUAAUCGUAAUUCUUUGAGAUGAAUCAGAAUGUGUUGAAAUCUGAAAGUAAGAGGUGCGUAAAAAUCAGAAAUCUGCAUUGGCUCCAAAAACAAGAAUCAGUGCAGCUCUGUAAGAAUCAGACUGAGUGGAAACUGGAAAAAUGGAUCAAAACACAAAUGUAUUCCAAUAAUUUCCUUUUCAUGUUUUUUUUAAUUAUGUGUUAAAUAAGUUCAUUAACAUCCUGACUGGUCAUAAAGAUGCCUUUAGUUCUACGUUGUGUUCAGUGUUUUGUUCAACCUCGUGGGUGUGUGAAAGUGCUCUACACGGGUUGUUGUUGUUGUCUAUGCGAUGAAGUGUUAUUUUUAUAACAUCUUUAAAAGAACCCUAAAAGUGCCUUUACUGAAUGUGUUUUAAUGAGGAAGUUUCCUUUUGAAUUCCUGAUUUACUCACAUUAUAAUGUAAAAAAAAACCCGCUGAAGGUUUGCAGUUUCCACUCCUUACUUCAUGUCUGACAUCCUUCAGUAAACAGAAUCAGAUGUGAGGUGAAAAUGAAGAAUUUUUCUUUCAGAUUUUUUUACAAACACCUGCAGAUUAAAAGAGGAAUGCAGCUCUCACACCCCCGAGAGCCUCUAGAUGAAACACUGAGACAGACCAUAAUAACCAGCGGUGAAACAGAGAGGUGCACGCUGAUUCUCCUACAGGAAGACUUAAUCAAACCACUUCCUGGUUCUUUCCUGUCACAACUGAACCAAAAGCGCUUCAGUAACAUGAAGGCCAAUCUGUUUCAAAAUGCACAAACUUGUAGAUCAGAUGUGUGUUUGGCUGUAAACAAUCAUUUAUUUACUUGACGGUUUUUUUUUAGCUGGACUUUUUGCAGCAGGUUUAGCAUUAGCUUACCAUCAUCACGUCUCUGCAGUCCGUGCACCAGAGUGAGCAGAAUGUGAACGUGUUUGCCGUUGUUAUUCCUCGCAUGCCUGAGUCGCCGACAGAUCACGUUGCACAACACAAGGAUAGCUGGUUAUAAAUACCUCCACCCAGAAGCGUAUUUUCUCCACUGCAAUGGAAGCACAACCCUCACGCGUAAUGUGGACUAGAUUAAACCAGAUUAGAGUGGUGUCACGCAAAGCAGGUACUAGUGGAACUGAGCCAACGUUGGCUAGCAGCGCUGAGCUGCUGGGAACUACUCUGGACUACAGACCCCAUCUUUAAAAACUGUAUUUGAGGGAAAACUUUUAAGACGGGCUCCAACCCAAUAAAGACUCUUGCUUACGUCUUGUGACGUAGCAGAUAAACAGCUGUAAAACUGCAGGUUCAACACUGCUUCUGACCACUCCUCCUGCAGGAAUUUUUCUAAAUCCUUGUUACUUCUCACAGAGUUUGAAGAUCAUGAGUUAAACCAACAGGUAUGUCGGUUGCUAGGCAACAUUCAGGGCUGUCACUGUAGUUUCAGGUUGAAGGAAGUGAAAUUCAUUUAGUUGUUCGUUCUGAAAGGAGACAUGGAGCAGAACAACGUUUGGUUGGAUCAGGAAUCGAUCUCCUGUACCAUCUGUCUGGACUUCCUGAAGGAUCCGGUGACCAUUCCCUGUGGACACAGCUACUGCAUGAGCUGUAUUAAAGACUUCUGGGAUGAAAAAGAUCAGAGGAGGAUCCCGAGCUGUCCUCGGUGCAGACAGAAAUUCAGACCCAGGCCCGUUUUGGUGAAGAACACCGUGUUGGCAGCUUUACUGGAGGAGCUGAAGAAGACUGGACUUGGAGCUGCCCCAGCUGAUCUCUGCUAUGCUGGACCUGAAGAUGUGUCCUGUGAUGUCUGCUCUGGGAGGAAACGGAAAGCUGUCAAGUCCUGUCUGGUCUGUUUGGUUUCUUACUGUGAGGAACACCUCCAGCCUCAUCACAGCACCAGACAAUUUAAAAAACACAAGCUGAUCAGUCCCUCCAGGAACCUCCAGGAGAACAUCUGCUGUCUCCACGAUGAGGUGAUGAAGGUUUUCUGUCGUACUGAUCAGCAGCGUAUCUGUUCUCUCUGCUUAAUGGAUGAACAUAAAGGACAUGAAACAGUCUCAGUUACAGCAGAAAGAGCUGAGAAGCAGAAGGAGCUCCAGGUGAGGAGACAACAAAUCCAGCAGAGAAUCCAGGAGCGACAGAAAGACGUGGAGCUUCUUCAGCAGGAGGUGGAGGACAUCAAUGUCUCUGCUGAUAAAACAGUGGAGGACAGUGAGAAGAUCUUCCAUCAGCUGGUCCACCUCAUCCACAAAAGAAGCUCUGAUGUGAAGCAGCAGGUCAGAUCCCAGCAGGAAACUGAAGUGAGGCGAGUGAAGGAGCUUCAGGAGAAGCUGGAGCAGGAGAUCACUGAGCUGAAGAGGAAAGACGCCGAGCUGGAGCAGCUCUCACACACAGAGGAUCACAAGCAGUUUCUACACAACUACCCCUCAGUGUCAGCACUCAGUGGGUCUCCACACUCAUCCAGCAUCAACGUUCGUCCUCGGAGACACUUUGAGGACGUGACAGCAGCUGUGUCAGAGCUCAGAGACGUUCUACAGGACGUGCUGAGGGACAGAGGGACAAACCUCUCACUGAGAGGGACUGCAGUGGGUGGUCUACUGCCAGAACCAGAACCAAAGACCAGAGCAGACUUCCUGAAAUAUUCACGAGAAAUCACUCUGGAUCCAAACUCGGCUUAUAGGAAGCUUCUGUUGUCUAACGGAGACAGAAAAGCUACAUCAACUAGAGAACAGCAGAUUUAUGCUGAUCAUCCAGACAGAUUCACCUGCUGGGCUCAGGUUCUGAGCAGAGAGAGUCUGAUUGGACGAUGUUACUGGGAGGUGGAGAGGAAAGGGGGGGCGUUUGUAGCGGUCUCGUACAACAACAUCUACAGGACCGGGAACUCACAGGAAAGUGUGUUUGGAUCCAAUAACAAAUCCUGGGCUUUAUAUUGUGAUACAGUUGGUUUCAUGUUGAGGCACAACAACGUUAACACUCCGGUCCCAGGCUCCCAUUCCUCCAGAAUCGGAGUGUAUCUGGAUCACGGAGCAGGAAUUCUAUGUUUCUACAGCGUCUCUGAAACCAUGAGUCUCCUCCACAGAGUCCAGACCACGUUCACUCAGCCGCUACACGCCGGAGUCCGCUUCUAUGGCGCUGGAUCCACAGCCGAGUUCAUUAAAGUCAAGUAGAACCCAUCACGCCUUAUCAGUGUGUUUAUUUAAGACCACACCUUAUACGCCUCCUACUUCAGAAAUGAAUUAGACUCUUGGAUGAUGCCUUGGGACUUCACUUCGGCCUCCUCCUGGUUGGACGUGCCCGGAAAACCUCACCAGGGAGGCGUCCAGGAGGUGCCUCCUGGAAAAAGCAGCAGUGAAAGUUAAAUUAUUUCAAAUAACUGUUUGCUUGUUUGUUUGAAAAUUGUUAAUAAAAGUUUUUGAAAAAAGCAUCACAGCAACCAGCAUCCUGGCACGCGUCGCCAUCGACGACGCAACGCUCCCUGUCUCACUUUGGCAAUUAUCUGCACACUUGUGCACCACACACUCGAAGCCUUACUCCAAGAAGCUAAGAAGGGGCUCCGGGGACUGGGGCCCACCCACACGGCUGACUGGUUUCCGUGCAAGGUUGUAGUCAUGCUGGUCGUCUGUGGAGAUCUAAUAUGGACUAAAUUAGCAAAACCUCAGACUGCUGCGUAGCAAGGCGCCGUGGCCUUUUACAUCAGCUCAGGCUCCACAGUCGGAGAUUAGCGGGACAUUAGCUACACGAUAACCCAAAGCUAACAGAGCUUUCCGGGCGUUUUUAUCAAGAAAAACGCAGUAGAACGACUCCAAAGCGAAGGCACCUCCAGCCUGCUUAGGAAUGAAAUCAUAACUAGGUAAGCUGACCGAGGAUAUCGGGUGUUGCUGGUUGACCGCGGUCAAAGAUCUGCGAGUCCACUGUUGUUGAUGGUCCCAUCUCUGGGAGUGUUGACUCAGUUCCCGGAUCCGUGUCGCGCUCCCAGCCGGACACCAGAGUCGACUUGGCUAUGUCGAUACGGGGCAGAGAGCCUUGUCGCGGUAAAGCGGGACCAUCGACGACGGCGUACUUGCGGAUCGUUAACCGCGGUGGAACAGCAAAGCCCAAUAGCCUCCGCUAUCCUCGGUCAGAUAUGUAGCUCUCGUUAACCAGCAGCCACACCAACACACUAUAUUUCAACCCAUCUUAGACCGAACAGUGUUUUGGUAAACUCAAAGAAUUUUCCCCUGUUCAACCAGCAAUCUAUUAGCGAGAAAUUGCGGUUGUGCGACUCAAAAGUGAAGCAGCGUCAACUAAAAGAGCUGCGGUGUUUCUGUUGUCUCCCUCAGAGAUCCACAAGUGACCAGCAUGACUAGAGCCUCGCUUUGGAGUGGUCCGCGAGUCCUGGCUGCCCCAGGAAACGGGAACAGCCAGCAACCUGCUCUAACAACCGUUGCUGGGCAGGAGACAGGAGAAGAUGGGCACCCGUUCAAGUUUCUCAUGCAGCCCCACUAACAUGUUUGACAGUUAAAUGACAGCAUUUCCCCCUUUCAGCCAGCCAAAUAAAGUACUGAAACAUAAUUUAAUUUAAAAAGAAGCAGAAACUGCUUGGAUGAUCUGUUAGUAACCGCAGCUUGCCCUCUGUGUCCAGAUAACAUCAUGCUUAACAUCCAAACAUGAACACAAACAGCACUGGCGGUUUUAAACGGGGGCCCACAGGGGCCUGGGCCCCUAUAGAACCGGCCCUGCCCCUGUGCUGAAGAGAUCGGAUUUUUUUUCCCCCGCGCUCUCGGGGACGGAAACUAAUGCGCUGCAGCGUUUCACACAGAGCCUUUAGAGCGCAGCACACUCUGUGGACAGAACUGUUUACCCGGUGGAUUUUUGAAUAAAAGAUUAAAAAUAGUUUAAAUGGGACCCGAAGAAAUUCUUGAGCACGACUAACGGAAAAGACGCUAAGAGACGAAGGUAAACAAUACAGUUUAUUUUCCUGACAUCAGUGUUUUGAUCGUAGUCGCGCAUUUCUGUCAUUUACUUUUAAGUUCUGAGUCUAUCCACAGUUAACACUGACUUGUUUUUUCCUUUGUAACAUUAACUGUAAAAUAAAAAUGACAAACAGACAAAACUAAAGAUCAGUCAAAAUGGCCUAGCAUCUAUUAACAUGAGGCCGAGGCCCAGGCUGUUGAGUCGUUGAGUCGAUGAGGAAUUGCUCCCUUCUGGGGCCAGCCCCUAGUGGAUGAUGGUGGAACUGCAACUUGUGCCACUUCCGUGUUGGCUUCAUGUUCAUCCCAGGAUUAUGGGGGCUUGAUACCAAGUAGAAUAAAGAUAGACCUUAAAACCACAGAAGCAGGCUGUCUACUACGCAUCAGAAGCUCAUUCCAGAAUUCAGGAGCUCCUCUGACAAGCUUGGCCCACCAUCGUCUUCAACCGAGACCUGGAGACCACCAGCAGUAAGUAACUCUCAGAACCAACAGUAUGUGAAAUUACUGCUGUAGCCUUUUCGACAGGUAAGCUGGAGCUGCACCACACAAAGAUUAAAAAACAAGUUUAAAACUUUUUCUAAAAGGCAGAUUUAAUGUUGCCAAUGUCAGGGUAGCGUGCUCAAACCUCUGCCUACCAUCCGAAAAAACCCCAGCUGAAGUCAAGAUAUUCAAAUUCAAGCCAACCUUGAAGGGCCUGAGCUUCCUCAAGAAGCUGUCUCCUCUGUCCCUUCUCAACCCUUCAGUCUCACACUCUAGGGUCUGUUUGUCAGGUAGUCAUUAAUCCAGAUGACUGUUGAAGUGCCCACCUGUCUCCUGGAGUCUUUAACAAAGCACUUUUACAGCGUUGAAGCCACCAUUUGGCCACAAACACAUUUUCUAGCUUCUUGUUUGAAAUUGGGAGCUUAGACUGCAGAGGAUGCAUCUAGUCCUUUAAGUGAACAACCACUUUGGUCACUCAGCACCAUGCCAGAAGCCAGAUUAGUGUCAAUUAUAUCUGAAAUAUAAUAUCUGACCACUAAAAACAAUCCUCUCCUCACUCGGAGAGCAAAUAUGUUUGAAUAUUGUCUCGCUGUAGGGAUUUCAGCAGAGAUCUGGGAUUCUGGUGAGAUGAGGAGCAACAGAACUGAAAUUAGUUUAUAGAGUCUUCCAGCAGGAGAAGCAUGAGUGGAGUCUGAGUCCAGUAAGUCUUUAUUAGUCUCACGUAUUCAGAUAAACACAAAUAGAUUUACAUAAACAAACAUGUAUCCCCCUAAACAGCAGAACCAGACCAAAUAUCUCAGUCGGAUGAAUGAAUGAGUUUAAUGCAACGUGUUUCACGUAUUUCUGCUGAGAUCAGGUGUGUUUAGAUAAAAAUUAAACAAAUAAAUCUGAUUCUCUGUGCUUUAUAACAAUCACAGCUACUUACUUGUGUGUGUUCUUAAUUUCAAUUAAAAUAAGUCUUAAAUGAGAUUUAUUAGUGAACGUUGACCUUUCCUGGGAUUUACAGGCCUCUGGAGUAUUCCAGGGAUGAAGCAGUUUAUGACUCCACCACUAGAGGUCACCAAACACAACAGGAGAUAGUGCUUAUCACGCUUCCAGGACCUUGGUCAUAAUUAGAGGAGGAAAACAGAUCUGAGCUUCAUAGACUUGAUGGUCAGGGGCGUAGCACCAAAUUCUGGGCCCUAGGUACAAGUCUUCUAGGUGGGCCCCCAUGCUCAAUUAUUUAAUAUCUCUCUUACACAUUUUUUGUCAUGCUAUAGGACAAGAUAAUAAAUAUGAUCUUAGUUUAACCUCUAUAUUGAGCAAAUACAAAUGCCAGCAUAAUAAAAGUGAAAUGCCCAGACCUCACAUAUAAUUAUUUUUAUUUGCCAACAAUGUGUUCAAACAAAAAUCCUGGAAUUUAUUUUCCAGUAAAUGCCCACUGACGGGUCUUCAUGUUAGCAAAAUCACUUAUGAGAUCUUUAAAGUCCAAUCCUUUGGCUAAUUGGCUUUCAAUAGAAAGAAGAGCUAGGCUGUUUAGUCUAUCCUGGGACAUCGUUGAUCUCAAAUAAUUUUUCACCAGUUUCAGUUUGCUAAAAGCCCGUUCACCACCAGCAACAGUCACAGGUAGUGUGCAAAAUAUCCCCAGUCCAAUACAAACUUCUCCAAAAAUGCUCUGUAAUUGCAUCCUGUAUAGCAUUAAGCAGCUCAAGA